AAUUCAUACACAUCUAAAAGAAACAAUACUUGAUAAAUGUGGUGUUGUCUGACUUGAGAUUGAAACAGUGGUAUUGUUUGCAGGAAUCAAAUUUACAAGCGUCUCCAUCACACAUUAAAACACACCCUUUAGUCUCUAAGCUUUGACGACAACUAUUGUUCCGGUAUAACAAAUUUCUUUUUACGUUUGCUUGAAAAGUAAAAGGAUAAUUUUGAAAGAGUCUUUGUGAACCACAAACACCAUGUUUCCUAUUAUUGUCCUCGUUGGGUUUGUGAAAUUGACAUGAGACAGUGCAGAGAGGCAGAGUGCAGGGAUAAGUGAUAAGGCGUAAAAGGAAGGAAGAGAGAAAGAAAGAAAAUGGAAGGAAAAUUGUCUUAUGCGGCAAAGAAGCUAACAUCAUCUCCCAUUCAAGAACUCUCUCACCUUGCUCAGAGAUGCAACGCUAUCAACCUCGCCGAAGGCUUCCCCGACUUCCCUGCUCCUCUCCACAUUAAAAACGCCGCCGUUUCAGCCAUCAAUUCCGAUCUCAAUCAAUACAGGCACGUGCAAGGUAUAUGUGAACAUUUGGCCAAUAUUGUCAAGGAAAUGCAUGGUUUAGAAAUUGACCCUCUUACGGAUGUAGCUAUUUGUUGUGGUCAAACUGAGGCAUUUGCAGCUGCAAUCUUUGCAACAAUUGACCCCGGUGACGAAGUCAUACUCUUUGACCCUUCCUAUGAAACAUAUCAAGGAUGUGUUACCAUGGCCGGUGGUGUCCCUAUACAUGUGCUGCUUGACCCGCCUCACUGGACCUUGGAUCCAAGCAAAUUGCUAAAAUCACUUACUGAGAGAACUAAAGCCAUAGUACUGAAUAGUCCUCACAACCCAACUGGCAAAGUUUUCACAAAAGAUGAACUUGAGGCUAUUGCUGGAGCAUGCUGCAGCCGAAAUUGCCUGGCUAUAACAGAUGAAGUAUAUGAGCAUAUAACUUACGACAACCAAGAACAUAUAUCCCUUGCCUCAUUUCCAGGAAUGCAAGAGAGGACAAUUCUAACAUCUUCUUUGUCUAAAACAUUUUGUGUCACAGGUUGGAGGGUCGGAUGGGCGAUUGCACCAGCCUUUAUCGCGUCUGCUAUCAGAAACAUUCAUGUGAUAGUUACAGAUUCUGCUCCAGCUCCUUUUCAGGAAGCUGCUUUGACUGCUUUGAGAAGCCCCCCUGAAUACUUUGAAUCACUGAGAAGAGAUUAUCAAUCAAAAAGAGAUUAUAUCAUCAAGUUGCUUGUGAGAGUGGGUUUUAAGAUACAGUUUAUACCUCAGGGUUCCUUCUUCUUAUUCGCCGAGCUUCCUGAGAACUGUUCCCUUUCUGAUGUAGAAUUUGUUAAAAAGUUAAUACUAGAAGCCGGGGUGGUGGCUGUUCCAGGACAAGGAUUUUUUCAUACAGACUUCUCUUCAAAUGAAGCUUCAAAUGCAAAUUGUAACUACCAGAAGCGAUACAUCAGGUUUGCAUUCUGCAAGAGUGAGGCAACUUUGUCUGCAGUUUCAGAAAGAUUGGGUAAACUUUUGGAUGCUGCAGGGCAUCUUGCGCUAUAUUAAACUGGCAGAAAGAAUAUUAAUGGAUGACGUAGCGGUUGAAAGUUUUGUUCGAAUUAAUAAAGCUUGUGUUAUAGAUUAUAGAUUAAUUUGGUCAAAAGACUGUGUGUAAACUAGUAAGCCAAUUUUUUCUUCUUGUUGUCUCUUUUUCCUUCUUUUCACAUUCAGAUUUACGUAGAUGUACUUUGGGAUCCUAGCAGAAUCAUGCAAUACUUAUGUCUUAACUGUGGUUUAAAGGGAUCAAACAUCUUUUGUUUUGCUUCAGCUGUUGAAAAUGUGGGGUGAUAAAAGCACAUUAUAUUA